AUGGUAAUUGAUAUUAUCAUUCCUCCACUGGUUGAUCCCUCUACUAAGAAACCCGAACCUUCUGCUGCUGAAUUGGCUUUCUCGCAACGUCUUGAUGACCUUGUCCGUCAAUGGAUAUAUGGGACAAUAUCCAUUGAUUUGCUUAACACCAUUGCCGACCCCGAUGACAAAGCGGUCGACGCUUGGAAACGUUUGGAGAAUUUCUUUCUAAAUAACAAGGCUGCUCGUGCUAUGACCCUUGAUGCACAAUUCACAAACACCAAGCUUGAACAGUUUGAUGGUGUUAAACCGUACUGCUCACAUCUGAAAACCCUUGCGGAUAAUCUGAGGAACGUUGGAGAUACGGUCUCUGGUCAUGAAAUGGCUCUGCAAUUAUUGAAGGGUCUCACCGAUGACUACAAAUCCUUUCGAUCCUCUGUUCGACACCUUGAUCCGUUGCCUUUCUUUGAGGCAUUGUGCUCCAUGCUUGAAUUGGAAGAGCAGAGCAAUGCAUCUGAUAUUCCAGAUUCCGGUGAGGAAGCUCUCCUCUCUCAAACCUCGCAACCAGCGUCGUUUCCGCAACAGGGGAGGGGUAUUUCCGCGACUGACUCUGCUCGUGGAGGUGCGCCACCUGCUCGCGGUGGUCAAAAAAUUAAAGGGAAGGGUGGUAAGAAGAGCAGCACUGGCUCCGGUGGCCGGCACAACCAGUCCCAACAGUCAGCACCGCAAGCUCAGCCCUCAGCGCAGCAUUCUCACUCGGGGCAGCAGGGGUGGAUGUAUCCCCCCCCUUGGGCUUAUUGGUCUCAGCCACCAUGGGCCACUCCCCCAUGUCCGUACCCUUCACAGGGUCAAGGCCCAAUGCAGUGGGGUGGGAGGCCUCAAUCACAGCAGCCCGAUCUUCUCGGUGCUCGUCCAUAG